UCUGACGAUCAGAGAAGAACUGAAAAAUGAAACAUUAAAUACGGAAAAAGAAAAUAAAUAAAAGCGUCGCCGGAAAAUCGGAAUCAGAAGUGUUUUGAUCGGAUCUUCAUCGGAGCUCCGUCAGGCGCCCUCCAAGAGCUUCAACCGUGGCUUCUUCAAGCCAACAACAACGCCAACGUCAAAAUCUCACCCGUAGGAAGUCAGCACCACCGUCGACGACGUUGUGGAAUCAAACACUUUCCAGUCCGACCCGGUUAGUGUACCGCGAACCCGCAACUUCCGAUUUGGACCUCCCAGUUUGGCAAAGGACCUGGUUCAUAGUACUGCUAUUUGUUAUGGCGCUCUCUUGUUUCGCCCUCGCCAUCUUUCUCAUCCUCACCCUCGAUUCCGAUUACUCGAUCGGCUCUGCCUCCGCCGCUUCUGAAGGCGUCCAGAUUACUUAUGGAUCAACAAUCAAGUUGAUGCAUGAGAAGACAAAGGUCCGGUUGCAUUCGCAUGAUGUGCCCUACGGUUCUGGCAGUGGGCAGCAGUCGGUCACCGGAUAUCCUACUGUAGAUGAUGCCAACAGCUAUUGGAUUGUUAAGCCUGCUCCAGACUCGUCUGCAAAGCAAGGUGAUGCCAUUAAAACUGGAAGUAUUAUUCGACUGCAGCAUAUGAAGACUAGGAAAUGGCUGCACAGCCACUUGCAUGCAUCUCCAAUAACAGGCAAUUUGGAGGUAAGCUGCUUUGGGGAUGACAACGAGUCUGAUACCGGGGAUGUCUGGAGACUUGAAAUUGAGGGAAAUGGUAAAACAUGGAGGCAAGAUCAAAGGGUCAGGCUUCUUCAUGCAGAUACCGGAGGGUAUUUGCACAGUCACAACAAGAAGUACACCCGUAUAGCCGGGGGCCAGCAAGAGGUCUGUGGCAUAAAAGAGAAGCGAACUGAUAACAUUUGGCUGGCAGUAGAGGGAGUUUACCUUACAGUGUCUGAGAGCAAAGCCUCUGCAUGAAUGAUAUGAUAGUUUGCCAUAUUGGAGCUUCUUCUUCACAACACUUUACACUCUUAGCACCAUACUUUCCUCCCAUUCAAAACAUAUAAAACAUUCUGAAACUACGAAUGGAAUGUUACCUAAAAUUUUUGUAUGUAGGACAAGUUAACCCCCUUCACCUGGGAGAGCUCUCUUCUAGUAGUGUAGUAUAAAUUUUGGUUCAUGGAUGUCGUGCUACCAGAAAACAUUAUUGUAAUUCAAAUUACAAUACCACUUUGAUUACCAAAUCUUAGUUGUGUACUGU